UCCUGACGGGUGUAGUUAUGAAUGUGUGGUUUGUACUUAAUUUCACAAUAGAAAUGACGGCGUACAUUUAGGCACUUUCCUCAACAGUCGCGGCUAUAUUAAAUACACAAGUGUUAUUCUCGCAGUCGGUGCACGAAUUGCACGGUUUGCAAAGCUGGCCCAUAGGAAACACGGUUUUUAUCGUGGCCCUAAUGUGGCUCUUAAUUUUUUUCACGAAGAUGUCGAUGAGAAAUCGUUGAAAUCUGAUUGAAAUCCAAGAAACCGAAAUCUGGAAAAUAUAUGGGAAAUCCUCCUGGAUUUCCAAAUCUCAGAUUCAGUGCAGUGGAAAUCUACUGCACUUUCAAAUAUUUAACAGUAGGAUCAAGGAGAUGGGGGAAUGUACCAAGGUUUUGACGCACACACGUCUGCCCUUACCCAAUCGUAGAUUCUCUUUGGGAUGCUUUAGUCUCUUUUUUUUAUUUAAAGUUGUUUCCUUAUAUUCUAUAUAAAUGGGUAGGAAUUACUUGGCCAGCAAUAUUCUAUAUAAAUGGAUAGGAAUUACUUGGCCAGCAAAAAAGCGACAUCUCCAAACUUUAGUUUAUUGAACCAGCAAAUGUAAAAUAUAAAGGGAAUAUCUCACAGGUUAUUCAUUUUUGUAAAAUAACAUCAUAUAAUGGCGCAAAGUGAAAAUUGGAAGAAUUUAAUUCUGCAAUAUCCCGGCCUUAUAGUCACUGGCUCAAACGCGAAAGGAACAGUGAAAAUACAGGGAAAAUGGUUUCGCGUAAAAAUUUUGUGCCCGAAUUUCCCUCAACUUCAAGAUGCGAUUAUAGAAUUACUGCAGACGCAUCAAAAUAAAUUCAUUACCAUAUUAAAUACGAACCUACAGUCCGGCUGGACUCUGUAUGAUGCUAUGGAAAAUAUACCACAACUAUUACAAAAGCAAUGCGAGAAGAUAUCCACUUUUAGCUGUAGGAGUGAGGAUACGCUACCAGAAAAUAUUUACCAAGAAAUAGUUGCCAUCUACUCGCCCGAGAGCUAUCAGCUGCAAUUGAAUGACGCCUGCAGCCGCUUACGAUUCUGCAAAUUUGCUCUGCACGGGAAACAUUAUCUGCAAGUAGAACUUCCAAGUCUACGCAUAAGUGAGCAUAGUCUACCCGACUGUUUUGAUUGGGAAGAACAGCUCCAUAAGUAUAAUAAUCUCGCUGCCAUGGUGCAGCAAUUUCAAAAGUAUUUAGAAGACUUGCAGCCAUUUUAUGAUAACUUCACCGAUAUCGACGAACUGUGCUAUGUUGUGCAACCAUCACCGCCAGUAUCUACCAAACACAAUUGGCGUUUGUUUGUGCUGCGCGAGCGAGUCUACCUCAAACUGGUCAUCGUUGAUCCAUUCGCACCAAUUGCCUCAAUGUCCUUGCAGGUCAUAGGACCGACACAAGCAGUUGAAGAAUUGCGACGCACACUAAGUGAUGGCUUACGUGAAUGGGACGCCGAAUUAGAUAUACAUAAAAAUUUGUUGCGUAUCUUCGACCUGUGUUACUUUCCUAUGCCGCCGGGUAGCGGAUGGUUAGGUGGAGAGCACGAGGCCACAGCAGCGGAACAAUUUUGUAAUAUCUGCUACUCUUAUCAACUGGAUCAAGGUGAAAUACCGAUUGUGUCCUGUGAUAAUCCCCAUUGUACGCUUAUAUAUCAUGCAUCGUGCCUGAAAGAAUGGUUCAAUACACUUACUGAUGGAAAGAAUUUUCUCAGUGUGUCCUUUGGUGCCUGCCCAUUUUGUAAAACAAAACUUUCAACAUCAUUCGCCGAAUUAUUGGAAAAUUAAACUGUAAAUAUAUAGACUUCUGAAGAGAGUAAGCCCGAAUUAAAUGGGAGUUUAUUAAUGUAAAUAUUCUUUCAAAAGUUCUUACUUUAUGAUUUAAUAUAAAUCUAAAAUAAUAAAAUACGAAUAUACCUUUCAAGGAGGGAUACUCUUACAAUGGUGGUCAAAGCA